UGAUGUCCUCUUUCACUUUACAGGUUACGGCUUUCAAAUCACAGCCUACUUCCUCAAAAGAGGGAUACGACUUCGCUGUAUCAGGGGCACAGAGAAUUCUGAACUCCAUGUAUUCCCCGACAGAUUUGUGGUCUGUGUAAGUCAGCUUGCAUUCAAUCAUGAUGUUUUGGCAAGUCAGAAUGAAGAAUUGACAGAAAGAGCUCUCCAUGGAGUGUCUGAUUAUUUUUCUGAGUGUGCGGAGAGUCCACUUCCUCCGAGUGCAAAGCUCAAGAGAAAUGCUCUGAAAGAAAUUGUGAAAAGAACUAAAACAAAAAGCGGCAUCAUGAGCAAAUCACAGACCAGCAGGGACACUGUGGGAACAUCUAGUGACUCAGUGAUUGCAGAGAUAGCAAAGAGGAGGGAUGAUGGUCAGGCUUCACCCAGUCUCCCAUCAGAAUCCAUGGCCCAAGCAAAGGAUUACAUAAAGGCAGCUGAGAGCCACUGGGGGCUUCCUGUUCAAAAGCUGGAAAAUGUUAAUCAGAGCCAGCCAGAAGACACUGGCAGCCAGCAAAAACCUCAUCCUGGGGAGCGGUUAAAGACAGGGCUUCUAAGCAGGAGCUCUGUCUAUAGCUGUGAGUCAGCAUCACCAGGUCCAAAACAAAGUCCACGAGCAGCCAAAACACAACACAAACGCAGGAACUGCGGCUCUGCGGAAGACUUCGACCACCGCAAGAGAGUUUCUCUUGGAAGUGAUCGAUUAGUCCCAAGAGAAAUAAUGGUGGAAAAAAGCAAAGCUGUCAGGGUUUUGCCAACUUCAGAGUUGUCAGUUCCGGGGUUACUUUUGAAACAAGAUUUGGCAAAAAGCACGUCUAAGGAAGAGUUGCAUGUUUUGGAAAAUCUCUCCUCCAGACAUAUUAUGAAAAAUGACACAGGGCAGGCACAGCAAACUGGCUCAGCCACAAACACAGGAAGAUUAUCUGCAGUUCACAGCAGCCCAACCAAGAAAAGAAGGAAAUACGAAAGAGGCCAUUAACACUAAAGGGAUUGUAAAGUUGUAGCUGAGGGUGUAGUGGCCAAACCUGUGACAAGACAGCCAGGUGUAUAGAUGCUGGGGUUUUAAAGGAAUUGAUUAGAAUGAUUAUUUUAAAUAGAAAGAAUAUAUCAGCUUUAGGGUUCAUUUUCAAAGCCGUCACCUCCAGGGUGGUUGUUCUAACAAUAUUGCUACUUUCUCAUCAUAUUGUAUAACUCUGUUCAGAAAGUGAUUAUAAUGACAAAGACCCUUGUCAGGGAUGAGACCGUUUGAGGCUUGCAUGAAUUGUUUGCCCCUCCUUGUCACAUCACUUUGCAGACCACAUGGGCCACAUAGACGCUGCCAUGGUGCUGCAGUUCAGUUUUAGGGGUUCAUUCGAUCUUCCUGCUCCUCAGCCUGAGUAGGGGGCAGUAAAGGAACAGGCUAGUGGUUCUCAACGUGUGGUCCUGGGACCAGCAUCAUUGUCUGGAAAUGUGUUAGAAAUGCGAUGUUGGGCUCCAUCCCAGACCUGCUGACUGAGAAACUGUGGGUGAUUCUGAAACAUGCUCAAGUUUGAGAACAACUGGACUAAUGGAGACUCCCUACUGUUUAUUUCCUCCAGCCAGGCUACCAUGGCCUCCAGCUCUUCAGCUGGGGCCACGUGUGGACAUGUACACCCUCAUACUCUUCUCAAACUUGUAAACCAUCUGGCUUCAGUGUGAAUCACUAUGUUCUCAGGUUCGACAGUAUGGCAGCCACGGCACCCAGCUGUUAUUUACCCUUACAAUUGCCAGAAAUUUAAGGAUAAUUCAGCCAGCAUUAGGAGAAGACAUGGGAGAGACUUGCUAUUGCUUGUAGCUCAGGUGAGUAGCUUGGCCCCACCUCUAAGACUUUGGUUAGGUUCAUAACCAGUCAGAACCUACAGGGAACUCGGUGGCCAUAGUUUCCAGAUUCUCAUCUGGAAGGCUUCACCGGAAGUUGAAAUUUCAAAACAGAAGCCUUCCAUUUGCAGCAUCACCUGCUAAUGUCUCCAGUGGGCUUGCUGAAAUGUCACAUAGUGAAUCACAGUAUGUUGAUGGACACUUACUACCUACUAAAGAUUUUCUUAACCCAAUUUCAUGCUAAAGUAGGAAAGAAAUCAUAUUCAAAUGCCACCCAUCCAAUAUGUCUUUUUUUCCUGCUCAACACUGGGUGGUCCUUUGAAGCAGCACCUCCCAUAAGUAAUAAAGAAAAUUGAGUAUAUUCCCCAAAGUGUUGAAGUUAGCAGAAAAAUAACCAAGAAAAGGCCCCCCAAAAUACAAGAAUAUGGAAACAGGCCCAGUGUAGGUUUAUGCUAGAGAUGAAUUAGUGAUUUAUCCCACCUCAUUCUGUUCUUCCCUGUAUCUCUUUUCCCCACUUGUAUUAUAGGGUAAGACUCAUUAGGAAGCAGUCAUAUUUCAUAGCACCUUUUUGAGUCAUGAAGUUCAGCCUUGGUCAGCAAGCCUGGCUGUGGAUGUAGAUGCUGUUACUUUGGUGUUCCACACCCUGCCUGGAAACCCAUGCCCUUCCUGUUUCUCAGCCUCAACACCUCCACCAGAAACAUAGCCCUGCCCACUGGUGGCCUUUUAUCUUCCAUGCUAGCUUUUUUGCCUGCUCCCAUUUAAUUCCAGCCAAAGGAAUCCAUAGAAGAAGAGGGAGCCCAGCAAAAUACUAACCUCAGUGGAGCUGAUUCUGCUUAUACAGUAGGGGUAGACUGCACAGAGUGGAAACCUCCUGAGAAUGUGGGAGAAUAUCAGUUUUCCUCCUCUCUUGGAGGGACCAAUAUUCUAGGUGUGCCCUUUACUGAAGACAGGAUCUCUGUGGGUCAUUGAAUCUUCUUCAACAGAAACAGUUAUUAGAACAGUUUAUAAACAGGUUGGGCACAAGUACUAACCCAAGUGAUAGCCAAAUAACAGCUCCCUGGAAGAGUCUAUAAUAAAAAAUGCAGCCGUUCCAGAACACUAGCUGCUGCCUGCUCCCAAACUAGGAGGAGAUACUCAAACUUAAGUCAUCAGAGAAAGUUUCUACUAAGAAGUUUUUGUUUCACUGGUUAGCCUAGGCUUGGUGGUUAAGGCCAAUACUUAUAAUGAUUUUCUUUCAAGAAAAGUCUUGGCUUUAGAGUUUGGUAUAUUUGGGGUAAUAACAAUUACUAUGAUCUAAGAGGAAAAGUAGCACCUUGGGUCGUAGAUUCACGUGGUCCUUCUCACAACCUUCACGUACAAGGGAUUUUAACAGGAUUCAUGGAAGGACUGGCUCGCAGCUCCACAUGAUGGCAUGUGUUUGAGGAAUUUUGCCUUUAAGCGUUUUUCUUGCACACGUCUGAAACACCCCUGGAUCUCUUGUUACUUGAGUGAUCGUGUGAUUCUUUGGAUAUUUGGAUGUACAAAGGAGAAAGUGGCUGCCAGGUUUUUUUUUUAUUUAUUGGAUGGGAUAUGAAGAAUUCUCUACCAUUGAGAAUGGUAUAUGUUUUGAUAUUCUUAGUAAUCAUAAUAAUUUUACAUCUGAAAGUCUGAGACUCUGUCAGUAUUCUUAGUAAAAAAUAAGUUCUUUA